CCCUCACCCUCCGCCAGUUCAACCCCGCUAUGGCCGCGUCCACCAUGUCCGUCUGCUCCAGCAACCUGAGCUAUGGCAGCCGCGUCUGCCUUCCUGGUUCCUGUGACUCUUGCUCCGACUCCUGGCAGGUGGACGACUGCCCAGAGAGCUGCUGUGAGCCCCCCUGCUGCACCCCCAGCUGCUGCGCCCCGGCCCCCUGCCUGACCCUGGUCUGCACCCCAGUGAGCUGUGCGUCCAGCCCCUGCUGCCAGGUGGCCUGUGAGCCCAGCCCCUGCCAAUCAGGCUGCACCAGCUCCUGCACACCCUCAUGCUGCCAGCAGUCUAGCUGCCAGCCAGCUUGCUGCACCUCCUCCCCCUGCCAGCAGGCCUGCUGCAUGCCCGUCUGCUGCAAGCCCGUCUGCUGCGUGCCCGUCUGCUGCAAGCCUGUAUGCUGUGUGCCCACCUGCUCUGAGGAUUCCUCUUCAUGCUGCCAGCAGUCUAGCUGCCAGCCAGCUUGCUGUGCCUCUUCCUCCUGCCAGCAGUCCUGCUGUGUGCCUGUUUGCUGCAAGCCUGUGUGCUAUGUGCCCACCUGUUCUGAGUAUUCCUCUUCAUGCUGCCAGCAGUCUAGCUGCCAGCCAGCUUGCUGCACCUCCUCCCCCUGCCAGCACACCUGCUGUGUGCCUGUCUGCUCUGGGGCUUCCACUUCAUGCUGCCAGCAGUCUAGCUGCCAGCCAGCUUGCUGCACCGCCUCCCCCUGCCAGCACACCUGCUGUGUGCCCAUCUGCUCUGGGGCUUCCACUUCAUGCUGCCAGCAGUCUAGCUGCCAGCCUGCUUGCUGCACCGCCUCCUGCUGCAGACCCUCCUCCUCCGUGUCCCUCCUCUGCCACCCCGUGUGCAAGUCCACCUGCUGCGUGCCCAUCCCCUCCUGCGGUGCCUCUGCCUCCUCCUGCCAGCCCAGCUGCUGCCGCACGGCCUCCUGUGUUUCCCUCCUCUGCCGCCCCGUGUGCUCCCGCCCUGCCUGCUACAGCCUCUGCUCUGGCCAGAAGUCCAGCUGCUGACAGCCCUGGAUGUGAUCCAGAGUCCCCUCCCACCAGGGGCUGACCUCCCAGCUGCCCCAGCCAGCUCUGCCCUCUCUGGCUUUGACACCCUCAGAAGAUGGGGCAGGCUCUUUGUCUUAGGGACCAGGAUGCUCCCCCUGUCCUUCCCAGAUGCUGGCUGCAUGAGAGACCCCAGCUGCUCCCCCAGACCCAAGUUCUGCAGAACUAACCCCCAGCAGGCCUGGUUCCACCCUGGGCAGCACCCCCUCUAGUUCUAAUAAAGCCGCCUCUG